AUGCGGUUAUUUACCCGCUUCCAAAUACAGCUGAGACUAUGCAGGGAAGCGGCCUUAGCUGCAGCCUUAUUACCAAUCGAAGUAUACACGACCACUUACAGCUGUGCCCCAAUUGGUAACUCAUGUUUGGGAAGGGCAGAACUCGCUCUGGCUACUUGCACAACACUACUCGCGAUGGCCAGACAGUCUUCGAGCUCAUGCAAUCGAAAUACAGUAUUCGUGGCAGGUCGGGCAGGAGUGGAUGCGUGCAACUCUCUGAUGGAUGAGCUGGGGCUGAGGGCGUGGCCUGCUUCUGCUUGCAGGGCUUCCGCGAGUUGCGUGCGAGUUGCGAUGGAGUCGGAGCAGCCUUGCGACGAGAGGGGCCGCCCGGAAGGCAAUGGGGUCAUUUUCUGGACGGAAGCAGAAGACUUCAUGCUGAUCCUGUCGAAUAGAACAUACAGGAUCUGCCACCUUUUUUCUGAACAUCCAGGAAGCAUGGCCGGCAACGCGAAAGCUCAUCGUUAUUUCGAUGGCAAGGCGAGAACCUCAAUCAACGCUCCAGAUCGCGAAAUCGAUUUCCACCGUGCGAAGAUCCAACAACGCCAACGAGCCGCUCACAUCAUGAUUCCGCCCUCGAUCUGCCCUGCAGCAAUACAAGCUGCUCCAGCGACAGCCCUUCAUCGAGCACUGAUGACUCGGGGUAUAGCUCCCAGUCUCGCUGGAGAUAUUCCACAUAUGAACAAGCAAUCCCGGACUGUACGUCUCACCCCGGUCUCCAUGGCACUCUGUGCCUCUCCUACGCCCACAAACAUGCCCGCCACUUUAUCGUUGAACUCUGUCGCAGAUCUGGAUUUUGCUGCUGCGAACAUGUUUCCCCCACAGCCAGCCAUUACGCCAAGCAUCAGCACAUGUAGCGCACCAGCCACCGACAUGUCUAUGCUCGGACUUCUUUUGCCUAAAAAUAACUCCGCCACAUUCACCGCCAGUCUAGCAGGAGUCGCGAGACCAAGUCGACUGCCCCAAGGAUUUGACCAAACGCUACCGUCCCCUUGUCCACAACGAGGUGCACUGAAUGGAAACGGCAUGAUCUAUAACUCACCCCCGAUGCACAAUUUUGGCAUAACCGAUUAUGCAGCAGGUAGUCAUAGCAUGAUCUACAACCCUCAGGGUGGCUUCGAUGCAUACAUGGGCGCAGACGGUCACAACUCGCACUGGCCAAAUCCUGAUUUCUCAUUUUUGUUUCGGCUGGUUCAAAUAUACGGCGGGCCACUCAUCACUGAUCCUCAGGAAUUGAUUCUUUACAAAAUACAAAUUACUCUCGCAGUACCGCCGCGACAACGACUUUCACCCUCUCUAUCUCCGCUUGUAUCACCUGGCUUGACUCCGAGUCUCAGACGCUCUCAGGAGCUUAUAAUGUUGGCAUCAGAGGCCCAGAAUGAUGGCGACCUUAUUACAUCGCCCACGCAGCUGGAAGGUGCUCUCGAAUACCUUUCCUCUCUUCUUCCCAUCUGCUCAAAACCAUCUCACGGAACUCUCGCACAACGACUCCAUAAAGUCAUACUCCCAGAAUUUCUCGCGAUCUGGAAAGAGGUCGUCUGGCUCGACGUAGCAGCCAGACCACAGAACGCCUGGCAAUCGGACGCUUGCAUAUCCCUUGAAGCAAGUAUUCGAAGACUGACAUGGAUUGGUUCUUCAUGUCAUAGGGACACAUUGUCGCGAGGGAAUACACACCGGUUGAAGACCUCGCUCUUUCUUUCUGAAGCUCACUCCAAUGCAGUCGAGCUCGCUGUCUCUGUAGCAGCGCCGAAUCCCGUCCACGAAUCGUUCCGACAUCUUUCGCAGCUGGAGAUAUUUUCUGGCAGCGCGUCGUAUGUAUCGAAUUCGAUUUCCAGAGCUUUGAACUUCUUGUACGCGCGUGCCGGGGGCGGUGUCCAUGUUGAUUCUGGCGAAACGAUGAAUUUGGGUCGGUUUGCCACGGCGAGGGAUUUUUCGUUUUCAGUCUUUAUCGGUAAUUGUGAUUCUGUGUUCAUCUGCGGCGGGUAUGCAAUAGUCGUAUAUCAUCUCUCGCAGCUCCAAGGGCAGGAAAAGGAGGCUUUUGGCGAGAUGUUGCAUAGUCAUAUCCCGAUCGCGUCCUCAGCUCUAGAGGAAUGUCAAACCGAAUCUCACAUCCUUCUUCUCUUACUGCGGUCUCCAUCGUUCCACGAGCUGGCGCUGACGUUUAGAGCUCAGGAGGGCUAUUUUCAAGUCUGCGUACAUACUAUGAUAUAUCAAGCAUCCGCUAGCUCUGAGCUACCUCCUAACAGGCUUGUAGAUGAAGAAUCGCGAUGGAAGGCAUCAAUUCAGGUACUCUAA